AUGGCAACCAAGAUCCCACCUCUGUUAGAGCCAUAUCUCGGUCUCCCGCCAGAGGCGUCCCUCAUCGUACUUUCGGGGGUCCUGGGUGCCAGUACAAACUGGCUCGUUCAGCGCUACUUGUGUUCUCUCCUAGGCAACUCAACUGGCAGAGUGCCGGCCAUUGACGGCAACAAUGGUGAGAAUGGGGACACUUGUGUCGUGCUCGUCAGUUUCAUGAGAGAUUAUGCUUUCUGGAAGGAGGGCGCUGGCAGGCUGGGCCUCGACCUGGACGCCCUCUCCAAAAGGAGCAUGUUCAAAUUUGUGGAUGGCUUGAGUGGGCUAUUCUCUGGUGCCUCUGGUGCCAUUACCACAAAAGCGCCGGUUGCAGGUCCACCUGGGCAACAUGUCUUGCGCAAAGCGACACUCGAGGAAUUGCAACAAGUGGUACAGUCUGCUCAGCAGACUUGUGCAAGUUCAAAUAUUGUCCUGGUGCUUGACAAUCCGGAUCUUCUUAUUGCGGCGGCUGGAAAUACCAUAUCAGGAGAGGGUUUACGGCAGACCCUUCUUCACUUGAGAGAGAGCGUCUCCUCGACAGUCAUAACACUGUCUGCAGAUGAACCCUUGAUCUCUGCGCAAACCACAUCACUUGAGAAGAAUCAUGCCUCUUUCGCUUUAUCGAUGGCUCAUGAGGCAGAGAUGCUGGUCACAUUGAGGCUGCUGGACACAGGAACAGCAAAGGACGUGAGUGGAGUACUGAGAGUAACUCCCGGAGGCGAUGCCACUGGGUUUGUAUCGGAGCAAAGAGAACUCUUGUAUUUCGUCGGUUCUGAUGGUGGCGUGCGAGUCUUCGAGAGGGGGCAAUAA